AUGCCAGCUUUGUCACCAUCAAUAACUGCAGCCCGAAAUGUCUAUGCUUUUGUCAUCUUCGCUUUUCUCUUCGUUUUUCCUAUCAUCGUCAGCUUGAUCCUGAACUCUGUCAUCACAAACGCAAGACUUCGACAAGAAAGUGGUCCGAGACGAACUGUCAAUGCAAAGGAUGCGCAAUUUUUCCAUAAACUUCAUAAAUACAACAAGAUGGAUUCGGCGAUUUAUUCAAUCUGCUUUUUGCCGUUUUAUCUUCUCGAUGUGGUUAAGGAGCUAGUGCCGUUUUGGGUGGUGGAGCAUAUUUUGCACAUUUGCCUCUAUGUUUCAAGAAUCCUGGUCGUUUCUUACUUUUGCGUCUCCCCAUUGGUCUACUUCGGCUUCUUCAAAAUCCACAAAGUCCUCUCGGGCAACAAAUCCGAUGCUCACCGACUCGAGGCUUACGAAAAUUCAAAGGCUUACCAAACCCGUCAGCUUUAUCAAAAGCGCCAUUCAUCCACACCCUCGCACAGUCAAUUUAACAAAUGCUUCGAAAAACCGCGAAUAAUUUCGUUUGACAAAGUACUUACCGACGAAGGGCUCAUUCCGGCGAUUCAGAGUCGAUCGAGUGGAAAUCAGGAGAUAAAUUUACAGCCAAUAAUAAACGUCAACGUGACAGCGAACAUUCACAAUUACUCAUGUGACAGCUCCCCAACGAGCCAAAGAAACAUCAACGAUACUAACUGUUCAAUAAAUGUUGUUAUUUGA